CUAUUCAUUCUUUUCUCUUUUACACUGACUCUUUAGCCGCUCUCGUGGUUUAACUCGCUUUUUCUCUGUCGUUCUCUCUUUUCUCUCUUUGUCUUCCUUUUUCACCCUUCUCUAUCACUUUUCCAACCCUAGGGAAUCUUCACUAUUUCCGUGGCUGAUUUGCUCGUCCGUCAUUCGUUCAUCCCUUGGUACAGUUGGUGAUACGAACAAAGAACCCUGGGCAACGUAACUCUUUCAUACACACCAAAGCCGCCCGAUUCUUCAUCUCUCACCUUCACCCUCGCAUCUUUUAUCAUCCUCCACGAGUUCAUUAACAAACUACUCGCCAUCAUGCGUCUUGCUAGUCUCUCGUUUUUGCUAUACUCCUUGUCCCUCGUGGCUGUCACGUCGGGACAGAGUGCCUUCUCCGAUAUUGGUAACCUCGUGACGUCUGAAAGCUCAGCUCCCUCUGCUACAUCCUCCUCGGAGUCCUCGGAGUCCACCUCAGAGACUACUUCUUCUUCGUCCUCCGAAUCAGAGACUCCUACCACCACUUCAGAAGAAUCUACUUCGACCUCUUCUACUUCGGAAUCGGAAACCACUCCCACGUCAACCUCUUCGUCGUCUAAUUCGGAGACCACGACUACCGAUGAACCAUCAUCGACCUCUGCUACCACUACCAGCGAUGCCACUACCACGGGCCCCACGAAGACCAGCGCGACCACCACCUCGAAGCCCAGCACUACCUCCCAGGUGGUAGUGGUUACGACCGUGCAGACUGUCAGCGGUACUCCCGUCCCCACGACUAUGAGUUCUACCUCUGUCAACACCAACGCUGCCGGUGAGGCCACCAGUGCCCCGGGUCUCAACGAAGAUUCCAGCUCCAACUCGGAUGACUCGGGUCUCUCUGAAUCGAACAAGAAAGUUGUCAUUGGUGUUGUCGUUGGUGUUGGUGGUGCCAUCGCGCUCGGCGUCAUUGGAUUGAUCUUCUGGCGGCUCCGCUCCAAGAAGAACCGCGGCGAUUCCGACGAAGCUGCUGAUCUCAUGAGCGGCACCCCGGUCGGUGCUGGCUCUCGUGAGAAGGCACCUAGCCCUGGUGCUGCUGGUGGCACUCCGUUCAGAUCCACCUUGGACCAGUACCACAACCCUGGUCCCGUCAACGCAGCGUCGAAUUUCUAAGCUGAUGGCACUUGAUCCCCGUCCUCGCAAAGAAAACGACAACAAUUACUUCUGAAGAUGUACAUUCUCGACGAUCCUUACGCAAUUUGAUAUUGGCGUUUACGGGUGGUUGACUUUAUUCUCAUGCUGCUAUACGAGCUGCAUCUGCUUUCUGUUUCGCAUAAUAGACAAACUCCACGCUCCUUCGACGAUGACGCUCCUUUCCUUUUUUUUUUUUUUUUUUUUUUUU